GUUUGUUUUUAACUAAUUCAGGGUCAAGGUCAGCGGAUGUGACGUAGUACAUGAAUCGGAGUCGCGUGUUUCUAAAAUUGAAUGUUUUUAUGAGUUGGAUGCAAACUAUGUUUAUGAUUUCUUCUGACUGAUGUUUAACCUGGCUGACGACAACGCAACACGAGAAUGACAGAAGUGUGGAUAUCUGCAGUGGUUGGCUUGUUGAAGGCGGUGUGUUUCGUGGUCGACGUAGUCUCAUAUAUCCCGUGCUAUUUCAUCUACCGGCCGGACAAAGUCCUCAAACAGUCAAGACGCACAAAGGCUGUUCGUGUAGCAGACGGGCAGAGCGUCGCCUAUCGGUCUGUGGAGGUUAAAGGUCAGCUCACCACAACUCUGUUCCCAGAAUGCCGCACACUGGACGACCUGUUUGAGCGUGCGGUGCGACUGUCGGCGAUUGAGCCAUGUCUGGGCACCCGUGAGUUGCUGAAGGAGGAAGACGAACUACAGCCCAAUGGAAGGGUCUUCAAAAAGGUUGUACUGGGAGACUACCACUGGCUGACAUUUGAGCAGACCUCGGCAAGAGUUUCAAACUUCGGCAGUGGACUCUUGGCACUGGGCCAGAAGCCGAAGAAACAUCUGGUGAUCUUCGCGGAGACGCGGGCGGAAUGGAUGAUCGCCGCACAGGCUUGUUUCAAGUACAACUUUCCAGUUGUUACCCUGUAUGCCACCCUGGGACAGGAUGCAAUAAUCCACGGUAUCAACGAAACCGAGGCUACGUUUGUUAUCACCAGUACAGAAUUACUAACAAAGUUUAGUGGUAUCAUGUCAAGAAUGCCUGUUGUAGAAAACUUAAUUGUGAUGAAUAAUGGUCACAAGCUGUCGACCUUCCCAAACAUUCCAAACUCCGUGAAGAUCUACGGCAUGAACGAAGUCGAAGGGAUAGGUGCCAAACCUGAACAUAUCAAUGCUGCGGUGACGAAGCCGAAGCCUGAAGACAUCGCUUUGGUCAUGUACACCAGCGGAUCAACAGGACUGGCGAAAGGUGUCCUCAUCACUCACGCCAACUUGAUGGCGGGGAUGUCUGGUCAGUGUGAACGAAUUCAAAAUCUCAGAUCGCCUGAUAUCUACAUCGGCUAUCUUCCUCUGGCUCACGUCCUGGAACUAAGUGCAGAGAUCUCGUGUGUUGCUCACGGUGUGUGUAUUGGAUAUUCGUCUCCACUCACCCUAACGGACCAGUCGAGUAAGAUCAAGCGAGGGAGUAAAGGCGAUGUGUCGGUCCUCCGACCAACCCUGAUGGCAGCUGUGCCGGUGAUCAUGGACAGGAUUUACAAAGGGGUCAUGGACAAGGUUAACAGCGGAGGCGCGUUCGGAAAAGCUUUCUUCGAGUUUGCCUACGAGUACAAGAAGAAGAAACUAAUAGGCGGUUAUGAUACCCCGCUCCUCAACAAGUUUGUGUUCAGCAAGAUCUGCAGCCUGCUGGGGUGUCGUAUUCGACUGAUGCUGUCGGGCGGCGCCCCCCUCUCCGAGGCCACCCACCGCUUCAUGAACAUCUGUUUCUGUUGUCCGGUCGAGCAGGGCUAUGGACUCACCGAGACGUGCGGGGCGGGAACCGUCUCCGAGGCCACUGAUUUGAGCACGGGCCAUGUGGGUGCUCCACUGUUGUGUUCAGAAUUCAGACUACAAGACUGGCCAGAAGGUAAUUACACCACCAAGGACGAACCAUUCCCACGCGGGGAGAUCCUAGUUGGAGGCUGUAACGUUGCCAUGGGUUACUACUUGAAUGAUGCCAAGACGAGAGAGGACUUCAUGACCAUCGAUGGAAUUCGCUUCUUCUGUACCGGAGAUAUAGGCCUGUUUGACCACGAGGGAUGUCUGAGAAUUAUUGACCGUAAGAAGGACCUGGUGAAGCUACAGACGGGCGAUUACAUCUCGCUGUCAAAGGUGGAGACAGUUCUCAAGAUGUCGCCAAUCGUCGAUCAGAUCUGUCUGUGUGCCAGCAGCUUCCAGGUGUACACCAUCGCCAUCGUCGUCCCCAACCAGAAGAACCUCGUCAACCUCGCUGCCUCGCUUGGGCACAAUGGUGUCGAGUUUCCGCAGCUCUGCGCCAGCAAGGACGUCGCCAAGGAGGUCACCAAGAUCUUGACAGCUCAUGGACUAAAGUCCAAGCUAGACAAGUUUGAGAUCCCACAGAAAGUGUUACUGUGUGCGGAGCCCUGGACGCUAGAAACGGGUCUAGUCACAGAUGCAUACAAGCUGAAGAGAAGGAAGAUUGACGAGAAAUUCAAGAGCGAGAUUGCCAAAUUGUACGAGGAGUAACUGGAGAACAUGUACCAGGGAAUGUGUGUCAAUAAACCAUUGUAUAGUGCUGGCGGGAAUCAUGUCGUCUGUGUGUGUAUUUUAUUGUGGAGCAAACAGGACCAUGAUCAUUGCGCGGGACUGGCACCGAAUAUUGCUGCUGUCGUAGCUACACAUCUUGUUGUAUAUACAGGCAGGGAGCAUUUUGUUUUUAAAGUCUUUGAUUAGCCACUAUUGUUUACUGUUUUCAAAUUGUGUAGCGAUCUCUGCAACUUGUGUAGCAAUCUCUGAAACUUGUGUAGCUCAUCAAGACAUGACACUGAGCAAAGUGUUCCCUGAUUAGCCUCUGAGAAUUAAAAAUUGGCGUAACUUCAUUUACAGGUUAUGCAAAAACAAAUUCACAGCUUGCCCAUUUGCUAUUCAAAUGCUAUGAAAGGAAUGCAAUGUUAUGCAAAUUCGGGGCUUGCUCUGGCAUUCACCAAAUUCACCAGUUACAAAUUUUGAAAGCAGUUGGUGAAUUUUAUUUAAGUUUGGCGAAAUAAUUUCAUGUAAAAAUUGACUUUAAAAAAAAAAAACCUGAUCAUUUCUACAAAUUUUGAAAGUUUAUUUGACAAUUUUGCGAAUUGUUUUGCUCACCCAGAGCUAGCCCACCAAUUGUAUUACUUAAAUGAACUUUACACAAUUGGGUAGUGGUAAGUAACCCCAUAAAGUAAAAAAUUGAAAGUGAUGGACCCUAGUUUUUAAACACUACGGUGUAUUUUUAAACAUUAGAGCUGCUUUUAAUAAUUGAAGACAAACAUUACUUAGAUUUUAUUGUUUAGAUUAUGCAUUUCCGUAUUUCCUUUCAUGCGAAGUGUUUCUGGUCAUCCUGGUGUUUUUGACCUUCUGACUACUGCAGGUGACAUAUCUUGCCUGACGUCAUGCCAGUCUACACACUGUACACUGUACACUGUAUACAGUGCAUUCCCCAACUCGCCGGAAAUAAUAAUUUUAGACAGGAAACAGAUUGACUGACAGUAUGGCUGCUUUAGUUUUUCAUUUUUCAAUGAAAAAUACCUUGGAAUAUUUUAGCUUGACAACAAAUUCGAUUGUUUUUACCAACAAUGAAGAUCACCAAAUAUUGGGAUAUGAACCACAGUUUUUUUGUUUUUCUUUAAAUUCUGGUCAGAUAACCACUGUUAUUGGGAAUAAUGGAAAUAAAUACUGGACAGCUAACCACAAAUGCCUGUAGGUAAACAACUUUUUCAAUUUUUGGCCUAAUUUUAAUUAUCAUUAACUGAUCUAAAAUAUUAUAAAAAUUAGAAAAACCCGUGAAAAUAAUACUGAUUCAAAUAUGAACUUUAUUUUAUGUAUUUAUAAAACAUUUAAGUGAAUAUAUGUUAGUAAAAAAUAUAAACUUGUACCCACUCAACAUGGUUUUUGUCAAAAAUUAAUCCAGUAGUCUAAAGGUUAAAAAAACACGUACCUCUUGCUUCACUCUAUAACUAUACCCAAAUGUGCUACAGGUCUGUAGAUUAACCACACUGCGUGUUCACUUUCACAAGUUAAAAGUUAGGGUCUGUAACUUUAAUAGAAGACAAAUAUUUACUAAUGACAUUUACCUAGUCAUACCAGCAAGAUUUGAGGCUAAGAUUUGUAACAAUGUCGAGUGUUAGUGCCUGACGGUGAUAAAUGAUCUGUAUAGUCCGUAGUCCACUAAUGAACACAAAUCUUCUAAACCACCGACUUUUAAUUAGCAGUGUGAUCUACUAGUCACACACACUGUUAGCUACUUAACAUAAUUUACAUUGAAAUAUUUAUUGUUUUUAACUUUUGUCAUAUAUUGACAAACUGAGUAUAGUUAAGUCAGUAUGUUUUUUAGGGUUUUUUCUGGUAAUCUACAUUAUCAAGUUUACUAUUCCAGCAUUAUCAAGUUUACUAUUCCAAUCAUCAUUCCUUCACUAGACAGACAGGAUGCACUCAGUGGUGAAGUGCACCCUUGAUAUUUGGUUGAUCUAGGAUCUGGGCUAUUUUUGGUUCCAGCCAUUGCUCCACAACGGAGUAACAAAGGUCAUGGUGUGUGCUAUCCUGUCUGUGGGAUGUUGCAUAUAAAAGAUCCCUAGCUGCUAAUCGAAAAGAGUAGCCCAUGAUAUUGCGGCAGCAGGUUUCUACUCAUAUUCCGACGCCAUAUUACGGUAGUUAAAAUGUGUCGAGUGCGUCGUUAAAUAAACAAUUUCUUCUCUCCGUGUUCCAUUUAUCACGUUUACAAGGCACAUUAUCAUUCCUUCACAGGCAUGUUGCUACUUUGUCUUCAUUUAUAUCACUUUUCCCGUCGUACUUGUGUGUGCAAGUUGUAUUAAAAUAGCAGGCCGUUGAUCAAAAUACAGGUGGUGGUGGUGGUUUUCUUUACGACAUUUUGUGGAGAACGAAGCUCCGUUCUUGACUUUCAUGAUCUUUGGUAACCUUGGUAACCAGAAUGACUGUUUUCAACGUAUUUCAAUGCCUGGGUCUGUUCUUAUAAAACCUAACUGGACUCCAAUCUUAAAUGACAUCAUGUACAUUGAAUUUGUAGGCAUUGUUAUUAGUCUUGAUACUUUAAGUCUAAUAGUUGCCUAAUUUCCAGACUACUUUCUAGAGCUGCUUCUCAGUUUCUAAUAUUAAUUUCUAACAUUUUCUUCCAAAUUAAAAUCCGAGAAGCAAAGUUUUCUUCUCCUACUUUACAAAAUGAAUUUUGAGUGGAAUUGUUUUUAAUUUUCAACUUUACCCGACUUAAACAAAUCAGCAAAGGCGAAGUAAGGAAACUUCUGUCUUGUGACCUGAACAGAAUACAGAGGACUGGAUGGAAGAUUUUAAGCCAUCUCAUUGGGUGUUGGGAUCAAUCUACUUAAAUACAAGGAAUAUGCCAUUUGUUUGAGGUCAGGUUAAGUGUUCAUGAAAGAGAAAACAUUCCAAGUUUUCUACAAAUUAAUGUUUAUAGAAGAUGUAUGUUGUCCCCUUUUAAUUUUGAUUAGAAGAUUUUGAAAGAAAUGUGUGUUAAUAUCAGACGACUGUUUGCAAGGCUGAAGUAUGACACUAAUACUGAUCUGUGUGUGUUUCACUUCAUACCCUUUCACAAACUCAACUUCAAAUGACUGUUCCCUUUGGACUAUUAUGCAAAGAGGAUGUAUGUAAUUAUUUUCCAUGUCACUUAGUGACUAUACCAAAAGUUUGUUUUAACAAAGUUUGUUUUAAGAGUCUGUCUUAACAGAAAGUUUGUUUUAAGAGUCUGUCUUAACAGAAAGUUUGUUUUAAGAGAAAGUUUGUAAAGCGAUAAUAAAUCCGGGUUCCUGCACUUCAUUAUAUACCAUAUUGUGGGAAUUCCAUUAACUUAUUAAAAGCAUUUUCCAUUACCUUUUGGAGGAUCUUCAAAGAUAUCUCUGCAAUUUUCAACAUGAUCUAAUAAUAAUUAAUGAUCUUUUCAAGUGGUAUUUUUAAAUGGGAGCGGAAAAUGUAAUAGAUUUUCAUUUUCCAUGGACCAAAAAAAAUUCCAUACAUGUAUGUACAUGUACCUUCCCAGGCCUAGAAGAUUUUAAGACCUCUGUAAAUUCCAUGACGUUCCAGUAUUUCCAUGACCAGCAUGUACCAUGUACAAAUGAUCCAGGAAAAAAGGUAAUGUCUGAUAAUGGUGGCGGAUCCAGAAAAUCCAUUGGGUGGGUGGGCGUGGCGUCUCCAAUGACAUGUGGCAGGUGGCCAUAAACCUUCCUGAAGUGAUUUCUUGUAUUCUUCCAACGUAAAAAAAAAAAAUGAAAGUAUUAAUUUGUUGCAAAAUGUAGGAGUGAUCUGACCUAAAACCGCCCCCCCCCCCCCCCCCCCCCCCAGAUCCGCCACUGGAUGUCAGGAUUAUCUUUGAAACUAGAAUGCCAGGCUUUCUGCCAGAAAAUAAUUUGAGGGUACGUAAUAAAAACACAACAAAUGUUUUCAAAUUGGAUACUGAAUUUCAAGUAAUUUGACAAAUUUUAAAACAACAGAUGAAAAUGAUAAAAAUAAAUUAAAAAUAAUUAUGUCCUUUAAUUUUUAACAUUUUUGGGAACAUAAUUUUAUCCUCCAUACCCUCUAGCAGAAAUCCCGAACUCUUGUUUUAAGCAGCUAUAUCUAUACAAGGAAUAUUUAGUUUUCUAUAUUUUGAUUAGCAAAAGUUGUUAAUUGAUUGAAAAUUGAUCAGCAACUGCUGUUUGACACUUUACAAAUUGUGUAGCGAUCUCUAAAACGUGUGUAGUGAAUCGCAGCACGACACUGAACAAACUGUUCCAUGAUACAUGCAUAUUUAUCAUGUGCAGUGCGUUGAAUGUUGGUGACAAGAUGUUGAUUAUCUUUGAAAUUAGGAGACUGUUUGAGAAUUAAAGUAGGAGACUGUAUUUUCCGAGUGCUACGGUGAUGUGUAUAAUUGUAACCGAGUUCUGUAUCUUUGUCAUUAUUAUGGCUCCAUCUUAUGAAUGCAGUGAUGUGUAUAUUUCUAACAGGGUGUUCGUGUCUUUGAAAGUAGGAGGCUGUUUGAGAAAAGUAGGUGGCUAUAUAUCUUCUGAAUGCAGUGUAUAUAGGUGCAUGCGUGAAUAGGAGGUGGUUUCACUAGCAGUGGCCAUCACAAAUUGACACUUACGCACAUUAAUGAACAUCAUGGAUAUUAGCAUUAAUUUGAAUUGAUUAAUUGUACAUUUUGGUUCUAGUGAUGUAUACAUCUGCAUGUAAUUAUAUUAAUAUGAAACAAUCGGUCUUGUAUAUGUUUCAAUUUUUAAGGCUUAGUGGCCGUUUUACCAUUUUGUUUUAUUGUAGCUCUUGUUGAUUUGAGAACCACAUUUUGAAGUGUUGAUUUUGUACGUUAGACUUUGUUAUGUUUUUAUUAUAGAGUAAUAUAUAAGGAACAUUUAUUUGUGACCUGUCAUAUUGAAAUGGAGGUCACGGUCAAUUUGUGUGAUUGGUCAAAAUUUCAGUUGCAUCGUAUCCGUUUUGAUAAUGAAGUGUUUUCAGAAAAAUUGAACUUGCUCAUUUUAGACAUUCAUACAAUCAUGAAAAAUGUGUAGAUAUUCUGUGGUUUUCACAGACAUCAAAAAUAUCAAUUAUCAACAAGUAUAAAAUAAUAUGAAAUCACAAUCAUACUAUUUGUCACUGGUAGGUCCAGUGGUCAGCAUUGCCCAUUGAGUUCUACCGAGAUAGCAAUGUCAUAUUUGGACCAAUAUAAGCAUCUAUAACAAAAGAGUAUUUACAGAUUAGAAUUAUGUUUAUACAGUGUUCGAAGUGAGCGCUGUGAGCGCUGUGAGCGAGUGCAGUCAGAUGUGUACUGAAAGUAAUCGGCUAGCCAAAAUGGCGGUGGAGCUGGACAAGACGUGAUUUUCUAAUUGGCCUUAUGGCAAAUUAAUAAUGAAAUACAGGAUUCACGUUUCAGCUUGCACCCUUCUACCUGAGACUGUUUGAUGUGUGCAGGGCAGGACGUACCCGUAGCUCAGUGGUAUAUUGCUCACCUGAUAAGCAUUCGGCUUAGUAUCGAUCCCCAUCAGUAGACCCAUUGGGUUAUUUCUCAUUCCAGCCAGGGCGCCACUACUCAUAUAUCGAAGGCCUUGGUAUGUGCUAUCCUGUGUGGGAUGGUGCACAUAAAAAUAUAAAAGAUUGUAGCAGAUUUCCUCUCUAAGACUAUAUGUCAGAAUGACCAAAUAUUUGAUAUUCAACAGCCAGUGAUUAAUAAAUCAAUGUGCUUUAGUGGUGUCGUUAAACAAAACAAAUUAGCUACUUUUUUUAUGUGCUCUAGUGGUGAUGUUAAACAAAAUAAAGACUGUUCCAUAUGGCAGGUGACACUGUUCUUGCUUUUUGAACAUAUUUUUAGUGGUUAUUUAUGGCGACUAUUUUGAAAAUUACAUAUCAUUGUUUUGUUACAUUUUACAUGUAGUCGUUUUAACACAUAUUAUUGUUUGCUCUCUUCCGCUCUUAGUUUAAUACAGGAAAACCUGUCUAAACCGGACUCUGAACAUACAGGAAUCUUGUCAAAAACGGCAAAGUUUCAUGGUCCCGAAUUUUCUAAUUCUAAAACUCAACCCUCUAAACGCUGGAUAAAUAUUAUGUCCCCGGUAUGAUCCGGUUUAAACAGCUUUCACUGUAUGUAGUAUUUACAUUGUCUGUAGUACUGAAUUCCAGGAUUCAAACUUAACAACGGCACUUGCGCUGAUUGCCAUAGUCGCGAUACAAGUGUGUUACUGCUGGUUAAAAAUGAUUGCAUUCAUUUGAAGGGAUUGAUUUUGACUUUUUUAAUUGUUGCAAAAGUUAAUGGUUGAAAAUUGCCAUAGGCAGGCUCAGAAUUGUGACGUGACCGUUUUACCUUUGGUAAUUCUUAAGUUGGAGCCCUGGAACUCUAUAUUGGAUUAAUAAUCUAUUCUUUUGUUAAUCUGUCUCUAAAUAGUCGGAGAUCCAUUUUGUAGGAUGUUUGUAUGUACUGUAGGUAGGAUAACACACUCCAGAAAGUUUAAUCUCAUUCUUCAUGGAAAGUUCAUCACUGUGGGUCGGUGUUGCUGUUUUAUGUAUAAUUAUACUGAGCUCCAUUAAAAACGCUCUGGUUAACUCUUAUAAUAAGAGGAAACCAAAAAUUAACUAAUUUUGUGUAACUGGAUGUACAAAUGUAUUAUGUUAGACAAUAAAUAACCCCAAAAGUGUACACACGGUUAGGGUUAUUGUGUAUUGUAUGAACCUCACACAUCCAAUAGCAAUAACAACUAAAAAUCGCAUGGUGUGUUUUUAAGUGGAGUUCACUAUAUUUUGACCAAUGAGUUUAUGAAUUACACCCUGAUGUACAUUUUUAAAUUUAUUUAUUUAUUUUUAUUAAUAUAUUUUUUUAAUGUCAGUUGAAAACAAAUUUCAUUUUCUUUUCAUUUCACACCAAGCUGAAAUUAUUGCAAAAAACAACAACAACCACAACUUCUAGUGGAGACUACUGCAGGUGAUGGGUCAAUUUGAAUGCUUUGAUUAGUGGUACUGGCCUGUGGUGUAGUGGUUGAGCAGUCACACUUGAGGUUAGUAGAUCCAAGGUUCCCACCCUUGUACUGACCCCCACCAAGAGUCUCCGACGCCAUAUAACCAUAAAUAAAUAUCUUGAGUGUAAAACAUUUCCUUCCUUCCGACCAACAAGGAGUUUUAAUGGCUCACUGUGAAGGUAGGUGCAAGACCUCCACACUGACUUCUCUUUCACCAACCUCGAACAAACACUAACCACUAACCACUAACCCACUGUAACAAACACUAACCACUAACCCACUGUCCUCGACGGACAGCCCAAGUAGCUUGUGGUAUGUGUGCCCAUUACAGUAUCUACUUAACACGAAAAUAAGUUAAAAUUUGUGAAUGCUUUAGGUAGUGGUUAGCCUGCCUCUCGGUUGAUAUCUUGGUUUAUAGUGAGGUGCAUUCCAUUCUAAGACCAAACCCUGAUCUGCAAUUCCAGUGAAAACUCACCACCUAGAUGUUUUGAAGCAUUGAAGGUGAUGCAACUACAUGUAUGAACUGAUAAAUAUUAGUGAGUUAUAACAAAGUGUGAGCAGUGUUAUUUUGCUUCAUGCCAGUAUGAAAACAAAAACUGCCAGUCACCGAGUUCCGCAUGAAUUGUGGUUGAACCAUUAAUAAGAAAUCGGAAGAAUAGUUUAAGUUAAACAAUUAUCUGAAAUUUAAAAAUUCAUGGCUUUAAUUUGAUCAAAGUACUGUCUGUUAUGAAAUUAUAUACUUCAGAGAUUUUGUUUGCAUUCCACUUCAACUGCUGAGAUGCAUUUCAUUUCAUUUCAACUUAUUUUCGUGUUUAUAUCCAAUUAAGGUUCAAGUACACUCUCCUGGACACACACCUCAGCUAUUUUGGCUAGCUGUCCAGGACAGUGUGUUAGUUGUUAGUGGUUAGUGAGAGAGAUGAGUGUGCAGUGGUCUUACAGCUACCCAUUGAGUGGUUCAAACUCGCUGUGCGUGGGAGCCAGUACCAGUUCCAUACAACCUGAGCAAGAUAAAGCUGUUAUCUUCAGACAGUAACUGGACAUUUAUAUAUCCUGCAAUCUAACGAGAAGAGUCAGAAAACCAUCUUUAUUGUAGUUCUUCCGUGUACUUAGUGUGCCAUCAAUUUAGCAAGGCUUUUGCGUUUGAUGUUAUGCACAAUACAUAACUUAACUAUUUGUAAGACAUUAAAAUGUUGCAUUAAAAAAACAAAAGUCUUAAAAGUUUUAGUUAAUAAAUAUAAUAUUGGUUCAUACUGUAUUGAAACCAAUAAUGGGAAAUGCAUGCAAUUGAAAAAAAACUUGAAGUAAAGAUGUUGUCAGGCAUAUGUCAUAUGACCUAUAUGGCCAUGGACAUGAAAUACAGAAAUCAUUCUAGCUGUCACAUCUUGACAAUAUGUACCUGCGUUCACUGAUUGCAGGAUAGGUAAACUUAGCUGUCUCACUGUUAUACCAAACUGACCUAUACCAGAUUUCUUCAAUAAUUACGACUCUCAAAAUAUGUCAGCCAUACAUUUCUAUAGAGCACAUCAGUGUAUAUAUUUCUAAAUGUACGAUGAUUGAUUCACCUCUGUGGACCCUUUCUUUGAUUAGGUUUUAUCUACCAGUGCUCCAUGAUUGAUAUAUCAAAGGCUAUGGUAUGUACUGUCCUGUCUGGGAAAGUGCAUAUAAAAGAUAUCUUGCUACUAUUGGGGAAAAUGUAGCAGAUUUCUUCUCUAAGAGUAAGAUUCAUGUCAAAAUUACCAAAUGUUUGACAUCCAAUAGCCGAUGAUUAGUAAAUCAUUGUGCUCUAGUGGUGUCAAAUAAAACAGACUUAACUUGUGUAAACUAGACUUUUUCUUCUGAGGUCUUUUUUUAAAGCUGCAUAAUGUUCAUGACAUAAUACAUUGUAUCCUCGUUUCAGCCAGUGCACCACGACUGGUAUAUCAAAGGCUGUGGUAUGUGCUAUCCUGUCUGUGGGAUGGUGCAUAUAAAAGAUCCCUUGCUGCUAAUGAAAAAUUUAGCACAUUUCCUCUCUAAGACUGUCGAAAUUAACAAAUGUGUGACAUCCAAUAGCAAAUGAUUAGUAAAUCAAUAUGCUCUAGUGAUGUAGUUGAACAAAAACUUGUUAACACAGGCAUCAAGUGUGUUGUUCGGAUGUGGGAUUUUUGGGGGGAGGGUUCUUGUGGUGGUGGAUUUUUUUUUUCCCCUUCUUUUUUUGUGUUAAUAUUUUAUUUUGUUGUUUCAGUAGCUAGAUGGGACUAAGCUGAAGUCUGGUGUUGUAUGCACUGUAUACACUUUAAUUAGACAUUCCGGUUUGAUGUGUAGAUGUAUCUCACUGUUUGCAUUUAUAACCUAGAAACCACAUAUCCAGUGUGUGUCCGAACUACCAUGCGGCCCAGUUUAGGGCUUACUGCUAUAUUUACGUUCAUCUCGAACACCUUUGACCACUGUUAAUUGUAAUCACAGACAAUAAUAAUGUGCUCAUUUCAGUUUGUGAAUAAACCACCAUUUUCUUCAAUUA